AUGUUGAACCGUUCACUCUCAGACCAAUUCCUACAACCACCCUUCACUCAGCCUAAUACCAACGAGGCUCAUGAAACUCAGGAUGUUGAUGCCGACACCACCACCAGAGACGCGCGAAGGCCGUCGGCAGGCUGGCUCAGGAAUCCCGCCUGGAUUGAUGGUGGUGUGAAUCCACCUAAAUAUUAUUUUUCGCAUGAAGAGAUUGACGCAGCGUGCUGCGCCUCUGGUGUAGAACCACCACCUCGAUACACCCAACCCGAGAUUCCGGUUGCCCCAUCUCAGCCGAUCACAACAGCUGGAUUACCCCUUGCUACCCAAUACGAUAUACUUUCUUCAAGGGUUUCACCAACGCCAGUCCCUGCAAAUAAUCAUUACCGCAUGGCCGGACCAUUGGGAAAUGGUGUUGGAAAUGAACCUUGGGUACCUGCUGCGCCUCCACCCGAUGGGCAUCUCGUCAAUGUAACACACACGUACACCGCAACGGAAUCGACGACUGGUUCCUCCCGCAAUGCGAAGGCUGCUGCUCCAAAGAAGAAGGCAACGACAAUGCUGGGGAAUAUCACUCUCGAAGGCAUAACACGUGUAGACUUUAUCAAGGCUUUCCUUUCCAUCCACAACCUUGACACCCAGUUUGCCCCUGGUGUCCACUCUGGUCCUCCGUUCAAGCUCUCAUGGACCGGUUCUAUUGGCGGAAAAGGCAAUGCGCCGACAUUCUUGACAGAUGAAAGCUUUAACCUCGCCCUUGCGGCCAUCCUCAAGAAAGAUAAGAAGAAGAUUCACGUCACCCUCGAGUUCGACACAGAUGUAAUGUCAGGCUAUCGAAUCCAACACCUGGUUCCCUCAUUGAAUGUGCCAGUGAACAAUGGCGAGGAGGAGCUUCUUUAUGGAACCAGGAUUCCACAACUCGCCCAAUUCAACGAUACCGAGCAAGUUAAUGGACGAUUCAUCUUGGAGAUCAAGAAACGGUGGCCAUGUGCUUCUCAUCAAGGAGAGCAUGGUGAACCAGGCCAUUGCUUUAUCACAGUCUCUGGAGGACAUCUGCGGCUCAACCCCCUCCGUCUCAAGAUGUGGGCUGCUGCUAUGGCAUCUGGUGAUGUUAUGAAGCAUGAUCCACCAUGCACAGAGGCCUUUGAUGGUCCACGCGAUGGACAGAUCUCGUCUAUCCGAGCGCGCGGCCACUCAGGUGCAAGCACGGCGUCUACAGCCUUUGCUCCAGCCAACAAUGACAUGAUGACGCUUGUCAUGGCGUCUCUUAUUCCCGUCCUUGGCGGAUUAUCCCGUAAACGUCCCCGUUCUGAAUCCCCCGGCCAAUACUCGCCUCCGCUUCCCAAGCGUCCUCAUUCUGAUUUACAGACACCAAUUCGCAACCAGCCCAAUGUCCAAACCCCAAAGCGCCCUCGCUGUGAAUUCCAAACACCAAAGCGACUAGCAUUCCAGCAACCUCCUGCCUCCCCUGUCUCUAUCCCAGCUCCUGGUUUUGAGCUGCGAGUUUGCCUUCGAGACUUUGCAGAGCUCGAGGCUGUUGACAUGACGCCGUUUGAGAUUGCAUUGCGCGAGGAGGACUUCACUCCUGACCUCAUCGCCUUGGCUGAUGAGUCGGCAACCAUAGCCAUUUGCAAUAUUACGGGUGCUACAUGUGGUCGUCUCAUGAGGUUGAAACUUUUUUGUAGGAAAUGGCAGACUACUUACGAGCAGAAGCUUCUUUCGGGUAAUUAUACUACCUAUGAACUUAAGUAA